CGCAACAUCUUCUCACUGGUGAAAAAGUUGCAAUAAAAAUCAUGGACAAGCUUGCUUUAGGGGAUGACUUGCCUCGUGUUAAAAUAGAGAUUGAUGCCAUGAAGAACUUAAGUCACCAGCAUGUUUGCCAGUUGUAUCACGUGAUAGAGACAUCCAAGAAAAUAUUCAUGGUCUUAGAGUACUGUCCUGGAGGAGAGCUGUUUGAUUACAUAAUUUCUAAGGACCGCCUUUCAGAAGAGGAAGCUCGUGUAUUUUUUCGGCAGAUUGUUUCAGCAAUUGCUUAUGUUCACAGUCAGGGAUAUGCCCACAGGGAUCUCAAACCAGAAAAUCUGCUGAUUGACGAAGAACAUAAUUUGAAGCUGAUAGACUUUGGACUUUGUGCAAAGCCAAAGGGUGGCCUUGAUUACCAUCUGAACACAUGCUGUGGAAGCCCAGCUUAUGCAGCCCCAGAGCUGAUUCAGGGCAAAGCAUAUAUUGGCUCAGAGGCAGAUAUUUGGAGCAUGGGAGUACUGCUGUAUGCUCUACUGUGUGGCUUUCUCCCCUUUGAUGAUGACAAUGUCAUGGCUGUCUACAGGAAGAUAAUGAGCGGAAAAUACAGUAUUCCAAAGUGGCUCUCUCCUAGCAGUACGCUACUACUUAACCAAAUGCUGCAGGUGGACCCAAAGAAGCGGAUUACAGUUAAACAUCUAUUAAGUCACCCUUGGCUCAUGCAAGGUUAUUCUGAUGCUGUUCAGUGGCAAAGUAAAUACCCACUGGGACAUCUUGAUGAAGACUGCGUGAUAGAGCUUUCUGUGUUUCAUAAACAGAGCAGGGAGAGUAUAUCCGAAUUAAUAUCAGAGUGGAAAUACAACCAAAUGUCAGCAACAUAUCUCUUGCUUCAAUCCAAGAAGGCUCGUGGCAAGCGUGUUCGCUUAAGGGUUCCAUGUCUAACAGGGCAUGCCAGUAUAGCACAAUCAGCAGGCCUCGAGCAUUCAAGGCAUGAUGCUCAACUGGAUGAUACAGAAUUCACACUGUCAACUCCAGUGACAAGAAAAGUGGCAUCAAAGCAGCAUGAAAACAAAGAGAAUGUUGAUACAGAGUCAGCUUUAAGAAAUGAAAUGCCCUUUGCGCUUCCUGCUCCGAAGACUCCUUUUGCGAAGAGUCAGAUUGAGACGCAAGUACAAACCAUACCCUUUCAGGCACCUGCCUUCAAAGAGAGCCAGUUCACUACAGUCACCCCAAUUAAGAAACCCACAAACCCGACAAACACAGAUGAAUUGACAGCAGCUGAGGUUCUUCCUGAAAGAAGGUUUCAUUCAGUGGAAUUAGAUCUCAACCUAGCUCACGUGGAUAGCAGCCAAAAGAAGAGAAAAGCCAAAAUAUUCGGAAGUCUUGAAAGAGGCCUAGAUAAAGUGAUCACAAUGCUUACGCCAAACAAAAAGAAACGAUCCACCAGAGAUCGUCCAAGGAAACUUAAGGCACACUAUAAUGUUACCACCACUCAGCUACUGAAUCCAGACCAACUGUUGAAUGAAAUAAUCACUGUUCUUUCAAAGAAGCACGUGGAAUAUGUCCAGAAGGGUUAUACCCUGAAAUGUCAAACACGGUCAGAUUUUGGCAAAGUAACUACGGAGUUUGAGUUAGAAGUGUGUCAACUCAGUAAACCUGAAGUAGUGGGUAUCCGGCGACAACGGCUUAAAGGUGAUGCCUGGGUCUACAAGAGACUGGUGGAAGACAUCUUAUCGAGCUGCCAAGUGUGA